UCUUAUUUACAUCUCAAUCGUAUACAGCAGUUUACAGAUUUGUCGUUUUAGUUUAAUUAAUUUAAUUUUUUAAAGUAUCUUGAAGUUAAAACAAGCCUUAUUUUUACGACUUGUGAAAAAAUAAUUAAAAGUGAAUGAACCCUGCUUGUGCAUUUAUUAAAUAUAUUUUCAAGAAGACUUUAAACCAGCUGAUUGUGAACUAUUAUUUUCACGCUUAAUUAGAUAGCGUAACUCAUCUUAACUUAUCUGAAUAAUAUUCUUAAAAACAAGAUCAAAUAAAAAGUAACAAAACGAAUUUUCGGAGAAGAAAGGGAGAAUUUUCGCGACAAUCUUCGGUCGCGUCUUGGACGUUAAUUUUUCUCAUUGUGCCUCAAAUCAUCGUUUUCAUCAUUGGUAAACAUGGACCUAAUAGCUUGGCUGUUGGCCGGCGUCGUUUUGUACGCGAUCUAUUUAUGUUUAUAUGAGCGUCUGCGGUAUUUCGAGAAUUUGAACUUACCCUACGUGCCUGGAGUACCGUUUUUCGGAUCAAUGGCCAGUGCGGUGUUUCAUAUCAAUCACAUUAGCGAGACGAUAAACUACAUUUACAAGUACAAUUCGAAAGCCAAGUACAUCGGGGCGUUCAACUUCAUGCGACCUGUAAUUGUCGUGAGAGAUCUAGAUAUUAUAACAGAAAGCGGGUUCUUGAGCCGAGGCGUGCCUGACACAGGCGGCGACCUCUUUGAAGGGCCUCGCGCGCUCUACUGUAAGUCCUGGACCUCCAAGGAGUUAAAGGAAAAGUUCAAAUUGAUUUUGGAGUACGGACGAAAUUUCGUUAAUUAUUUGAGCGAUCUGCCGGAAGAGGCUCGUAAAACGAUCGACACCAAGAACAUGUUUGAAAUGCUUACUAAUGACAUCUUAGGUAUAUGUGUUUAUGAUGAUAUCAUCGAGGAUUCCUUCGAAAAUCCAAAAAAUAAAUCGUUAGUCUUUGGUCAAAAGGUCACGACCAGCGGUGAUGAUAAGACCAUGAAAUUGUUCAUCAUCAGAUCAUUUCCCAACUUAAUGAAGUGGUUCAACAUUUUAAGACUUUUUAGCAACCGAGUCAAGCGUUUUUUUAACUGCAUCGUGAACACUAUGAUCGCAACUCAAGACGAGAAAGGAGCCAGUCGACCGGACAUAAUCUCACUGAUGAAGGUCGCUCAGAUCAAGAAGGGAAAGAAUUUGAAGUUCCAAGAAGUCCCUGAAAUUGUGACUUACUCAUUAUCUCGCGGCAGUUUCGAUGCUACCUCCACCCAAAUGUGUAUAAUAGUCCACGAGUUGGCCAUCAAUCCAGAUAUCCAGAAACGACUUCAAGAAGAAAUCGACGACGUUUUGAAGAGGAAUAAAGGAGAAAUAACAUUCGAAGCCCUCGAGAGAAUGCUGUAUCUCGAUGCCAUUUUCAAGGAGUCUAUCAGGCUACAUCCUCAAUUUCCCUUCAACGGCCGAUCGUGCAACAAAGCCUUCGAGCUUCCGCCAGCUUUGGAAGGUUCCGAGCCUUUCGUUGUUCAACCGGGCAUGAGCUUGUGGAUUCCCGCUGUAUCGAUAAACAGAGAUCCCAAAUACAACAACGACGCUGACAAAUUCAUUCCGGACAGGUAUUACCAGAAAGAAGUCACCGUAAAUGAUGUCUCGAGUUUGGGCUUGGGUAUUAACCCGAGACUUUACAGCAACAAUCGCUUCGCCAUAAUGCAAACGAAGCUAAUGUUAUUUUUUCUGCUGUCGAAAUUCAACUUAGUGCCCAACGAGAAGACAUGUUCACCUCUCUCGUACAGCAAAGAAUCUUUUAGUCUAAUUCCACCGGGUGGUUUUAGCCUGGCCAUUGAGCCAAGAAGUGAUGCGAGCGUUUACACAUACUCUUUGCUCUCCAUACCAUAAGUUGAUCAACAACGGGUGAUAUUUUUUAACUUCGAUUUGUAAUAAUUCAUUUUCUAUGAGAAAAAAUUUAGACGAAACCGAUUAUAACAAACCUCGAGAAAUCAAUGAAUUUGGUCGUUUAACCGGACCAAAAAAAUUACAUAACAUAAUUAUAAAAUAGCCAUAUAUUUUUUUAUUGAUUUAUUGUUUUUUUUUAAUAUACGUAGAAUAAUAAAAGCUCACCAGUUCCGAUCUGGAAAAUUCUGAAACACCAA